AUGUUGACCGAAAGAUACUUCGUGUCCGUGUCAGGGGCGCCGCUCGCCAACAACACUGCCAUCGCCAAGGAUGUUGGCAUCUAUGAACAUAUUCUGCAUCCUAGUCAUUCGACCGCAAACAUAUUCAAGAAGAGUUCCGUGCCGCCGAGAGGCCUAGCCGUGAGCGAUACGCACGUUUUCUCCGCCCAAGAUGAAAAGUCCACCGUUCAUGUAUAUUCGAGGGAGAAUGGUAAACAAGAGGCGAUCGUGACCCUUCAGGAGCGAAUCAAGAGCGUCGCUCUCCAGAACGAUGUCCUCAUACUGGGCACAGACCAGGGUCGCAUCAUGGUCUGGGAGACAUGCACAGGCAGGCAGAUUACUACUCCUGCAUGCCACGUCCAGGCAGUGAGCUGCCUUGCUGUCACCCCUUACCACCUGCUCACUGGGUCUGAUGAUUCAAACAUUAAUGUCUGGGACAUUUCGCGUCUGCUCGAGCUUGACACAACCGUUGAACAUGAGCCCGAGAAAACUCUAUCCAAUCAUCGAGCUGCUAUUUCAACUCUAGUCGCCAGCCAGAGCGUCAACCAAGAUACCAAUAUCUGCAUUUCAGCCAGCAAAGACAAGUCCUGUAUCAUCUGGAACUAUCAGACCGGCGAAGCUCUGCGUACUCUAUUGUUUCCAAGCUCCCCCAUUUCUUUAAGCCUCGAUCCUUGCGCCCGUGCGUUCUACGUUUCAACUGAUGAUGGCUCAAUGUUUUCCGUUGAAUUGUUCGCAGAAAAGGCUCUGGUUGGCGCCCAAAGCGCAGAAGCAAGCUCAACUGUGGUCCAAGUCUCGUCUUCUUUCGGUUCAGUAUCAAGAGAAACAGGACCAGCGUCUUGUUUGGGACUCAACUAUGAUGGCACAGUUUUGCUCUCUGGCCAUCCAAAUGGUCAGAUACUAAGGUGGGACCUCAGCACGAAGGCCAUUCCUACGGAAGUUGCCAAUCUCAAUGCUUCUGUAAGCAACCUUGUGUUCCUCUCGCCGCUGCCUUCGCCCAGAGCCGUAAGGACUAUCAGCAUCGUGAAGCCGUUCUUGGGCAGUCGCGGGUACAACCUCACGGCUCAACUAGACUCUGAUCUGAGUGGCGAAACUAGAUUCAGCAAGAUGCUGAACUCGAAGGGCUUUUCGCCUGAGAUUCUUGAAGAGGCAAUCACUUCUCUGCGGCAACCUCAGUCUACGAAUACUGCUGGUGGUGAUGAGGCGCUACGCAAAGAAAACGAAGAUCUUUGGAAGCUCGUCAAUGAACAGCGAGCUUUACAGAAAAAGACAAUGCAGCGAUAUCAGGAAGCAAAGUCAACAACUACCUGA